GUGAUUCACCGACUAUAAUCCGAUUCAGCAGGGUCACUGAACAAAUAUUAUAUUGGAAAUUAGAAUCGGAUAAACAGCAUGCGGGAGAUUAUAUGGGACACUAGCAAACCGAUAAACGGGCGUACGAGAUGGAUGGAAUAAGACUGUCACAUGAGAAAACCCAGGGCGCGUAACUGGACAGAAGGGAGAGCACGAUUAAUCCAAGUGAAAGAGGGUUUGGCGCUUCAAAUGCGCUUUGGGGAGAGAGAGGGACGGAUGAUAAAGUGGAUGAUAAGAGUAAGUUUGAGCAGUGUGUGAGAGGGCUGCUGCGUAACUGUCCUCUCUAAACAACGCGCAGGUUUCUGUCUGUUUAAGAGAGUAGGAUUUGUUUAUCAUCACCAGCUGAUCAGCAAUGCGAUUGGUCAGCAUGCAGCAUCGCGUGCGGAGAGCAGCAGAAUCAGAGGAGGAGCCCAAACCUGCUCCACCUCCUCCGCCUCCACCCUCUCACCACUCCCACAACUUCAUGAAUAUGAAGAAUAAGUUUUUCAAUGAGCUUAGCCAUCUACCUAACCCCAAGAUCAGAAUGCCCAUGUGGGCCAUUGGUGCCAUAGUUGUGGUCGUGCUUGCCCUGGUUGGCUGCUUUGCUUUCUGCAUCUAUAAGAAGUGCUUGGGAGGAAAGAAAAAAGCUAAAAAAGUCAGAGAGAGGAAGGGAGGACGAAGACGGAUGAAAAAGGAAGGAGAGGAAGAAGCAGGCGAGGAACAACCUAAAGAAGGAGAGGGCGAAGGAGAGAAGGAAUAUUAUGGCAAGUUGGAGUAUACUCUGGACUAUAACUUCACUGACAACCAGCUCAUUGUUGGUAUCUUGCAAGCCCAAGACCUUCCUGCCAUGGAUAUUGGUGGAACAUCUGACCCUUACGUCAAAGUUUACAUGCUACCAGACAAGAAGAAAAAGUUUGAAACCAAGGUCCAGCGCAAGAAUCUGUCUCCUGUUUUCAACGAGACAUUCAUAUUUAAGAUCCCCUUUAAUGAUCUAGCAGGGCAGACUCUGGUCCUGCAGGUGUUUGACUUUGACCGCUUUGGUAAACACGAUGUCAUCGGAGAGAUCAAAAUCCCUAUGAACAGCAUUGACCUGGGGCAGCCCAUACAUGAAUGGAAAGACCUGGUCGGAGGAGAGAAAGAGGAACAAGAAAAGUUAGGAGACAUCUGUAUCUCCCUGCGUUACGUGCCUACCUCCGGUAAACUGACCGUCUGUAUCAUGGAGGCCAAGAACCUGAAGAAGAUGGAUGUGGGUGGUUUAUCAGAUCCUUUUGUGAAAGUGGUUUUGCAACACAAUGGAAAGCGUAUCAAGAAGAAGAAGACGACAGUUAAGCAAAACACACUGAACCCUUACUUCAAUGAAAGCUUCAGCUUUGAAAUCCCCUUUGCUCAGAUUCAGAAGAUCCAGGUGUUGAUCACGGUCUAUGACUAUGAUAAACUGGGAAGCAAUGAUCCAAUCGGGAAGUGCUGGAUUGGGUUUGGCGCCAGUGGGGUGGGUCUGCGCCACUGGUCAGACAUGCUGGCCAAUCCCAGACGACCUGUGGCCCAGUGGCACACCCUUCAGCCUGAGGAGGAAGUAGAUGCUGCCCUUAAAGCACCUAUCCGCUAAAUAUCUUAUCCAACCCUCAACUAAAUAUUUCCGGCAAAACAUCAUUUAAAUUUCAUCCAUCCUUUUACUAAGUUUCUGUCUGUUAUGUUAUUGAUCAUCAUCCUGUACCCUUCCUUACUGUAAAUCAUAGGAGUGAUCUCUUUUAUACACGUUAUAAUGUUCAACUGGUUUGUGUUUCUUAUUUAAAUGUGUCUGUAUGAUGUGGAUGAAUGAUGUGUGUGCUUUGUUUGAAAGUGUUGCAUGCACGUAUCUGUCCAUAACUGUAUGAGAAUUGUCUUGAUUUGCCUCGUCUUUCUUUUCUGUCAACCAAGAUGACUAUAAACACAACAACUGGAUACAUCAUCACAGAUUUUAAGAUGUGUUUUUUUUAUUUCUCAUAGGCUACAAAUGUGACCCUGGACAACAAAAACAGUCAUAAGUGGCACAGCUAUAUUUGCAGCAUUGUAUGGUUUGAAUGAUUUUUUUUCUUUUUCUGUCCAACCUUACCCAAGUUCUGCGUUUCACUCUGGCUGAAACAAAUCAUUAGGAUAUUAAAUAAAGAUCAUGGUCCAUUAAGAUAUUUUAUAAAUUUCCUAAUGUAAAUAAAUCAGAACUUUUUGAUUAUCAAUAUGGAGAUAAAAAAUAGUUAUUAUGUGUUGAUAACAAACGAUGAGCCUAUUUAUUCAUUAUAGAAAAUGUAUUAAUACGGCAGCCAAUAUUAGGCAUGUCUACCAAAAGCAAUUGUCCGGCCGGAUUCAGCAGUAUUUAGAGGUGGAGUCCUGGAUUAAUCUUGUGCUGUUUUCGGCGGUGUUCCAAGUGCAGCGCUGGACUAAGCCAUACAUGUGAGCAGGGAAUUAGAGCCACAGAAGGGCGGGGGUGCGGAGAGGAGGAAGGAGACCAGGAAGGACACAGACAAAGUCAGACAUAGUAAAAGGGAGAGCGUGGGGAAGGUUGGACAGAUAGGGAAGUAAGUAAACUGGUUAAAUAUAAAUUGAUUGCAUACAGAUUAACACAAGCCAAGAUGUAAAUCUUCCUUGAACUUCCUAGCUCGCCAGAAUGACCACGACUGCAUCCAACGUUUAAAAUAUUGGCAUACACAAUAAAUUUUGAUUUUAGAUUAAUAUUCUCACCAAAAAUAUUCUGAAAGGCUGUUGUUCACACAGAGAAAGAUUUAAGCCUCUGCUUAGCCAGCAGGGGGCAUAGUGUCGACAUGAAGUUUUGCUAGAGAGCCUGAAGGCCACCAGAUGACAGUUGCAGAUCAACAAUAGUUAGUAUUGUCAGUAAUACAUGAUUAACAUAGGUUCCCGUUUUCUGUUAUGCAACAACCAUAUAAUGCACUGUGCAUAUAAUUAUCUUGCAUUAAAUAUAUAAUACCUGCAUGUGAUUAAUUUCUUAAGAAUACCACAAAAACUGUUGCACCGUCUAUCCUUACCAUAAUAACUUACAUUAGUAUAGCAGCAAAAGUGUUCUGCAAUACAACAUGAACAUGAUGUACUUUACUAAAAACCUAAUAUAAAGCGGUACCAAUUUAAUUACAUUCUGAAAAUAUAUAUUGCUAUUAAAAUGCAGUCAUAUUUUGGGUUCCUUGAUAACAUUCCAUUUUAGUUCAGUAAAUCUUAUGAAAACUGACCAGAAAACAUGUAGGAAAGUACAUUUAAGCAAAUGACUUGUGAUGUUAAUGGCGAGGCAUGUGAACUGGAGACCACAAUUCCAGCAUCAUAUAAACAGGAUUCUCAGACAACGUUUGAAUGAG